AUGACCAGCUUGCACAAAGUCACUCGACAAUGCUCAGCCCUGGGGCCACCUACUGACCAAAAGCUGGCCUGGAAGUACAAAGAAAAGGCUUCAUUUAUGCAGUUAAUUUUUCAGGAAAGCUCUGAAAGUCAACAAAGGCGAGAGAAGGAGCUGCGGAAGCAGCAGGAGAGGGAGCAGCGGCGGCACUACGAAGAGCAGAUGCGCCGGGAGGAGGAGAGGAGGCGCGCGGAGCACGAGCAGGAGUACAUCAGGCGACAGUUAGAGGAGGAGCAGAGACAGUUAGAGAUCUUGCAGCAGCAGCUACUGCAUGAACAAGCUCUACUUCUGGAAUAUAAGCGCAAACAAUUGGAAGAACAGAGACAAGCAGAAAGACUGCAGAGACAGCUCAAGCAAGAGAGAGACUACUUGGUUUCCCUGCAGCAUCAGCGGCAGGAGCAGAGGCCCGUGGAGAAGAAGCCACUGUACCAUUAUAAAGAAGGCAUGAGUCCUAGUGAGAAGCCAGCAUGGGCCAAGGAGGUAGAAGAACGGUCAAGGCUCAACAGGCAGAGUUCACCCGCCAUGCCUCACAAGGUUGCCAACAGGAUAUCUGACCCAAACCUGCCCCCAAGGUCAGAGUCCUUCAGCAUUAGUGGGGUUCAGCCUGCUCGGACGCCCCCCAUGCUCAGACCAGUCGAUCCCCAG